UUUAGUGUAUUUUAUUAUUUAUGUUUUUUUAUUAUUUCGAUUAGCUUUUUUACAGCUUACUUUAAAAAAGUGAAUAGUUUCAAUUUAGUCUUAUAAGGUAUAGGACUAUAAUGUCAACUAAACCAUUCCGCUGGUUUAGUAUCCAAAUACAAAGACAUGGAUAAAAAGGAUCGCAAAACCAAAAGGAAAGCGCCAACAAAACCGAGAUCUGGUAAAAAGAGGACAAGCGAAGGUUAGAAAUUGGUAAUAUAUUUCCAAAACAUGUCUGAUGUCCCGAUUAAGCUUUCCAAGUAUACUUAUCUGUCUGUCAAGUCUCCAAGUCUUAAGCAAGUUUCGUAUAUAAUUAACUGGCAUUUUGUAGGUCCAGCAUGUUCGAUGUUUCUCGUUGAACUAUCAAGAAAAUUGGCGCAGAAGAAGAGAGAUGAACAAGAUGCUCCUAUAAAUAUUGUAGGUAGUAUUCUCAACAGCCUAACCAACGCUUUGCCUGUCACAGUGAGCAAAGGCUCACCAGUCAGAAAUCAGUCUCCUGUGAAAAUCGAGACUUUGCAAUCCAUCGCCCCAGAACUGCAACCGAACAAUGUCCUAGAAGUAGAAAUAGCAUCUAAAGACCCAGAACUCACCAACAUCGAUGUAGGAAGAGAAGUGAAGAAAAAAUUCAAAAUGCCUAAAAUGCCAGUGAUUAGUAGCGAUGUGUUUAAGCAGAAGAUACAUGUGACAACGGAAGAUGUGGCAGUUAACACCAGUAGUACCCAUGACAUGGCGUCCAGUUUAGCAAAAUAUGUGGACACUUUGAAGAAAAUAUCACUUAUUGCUGAGGAGUUUAAUCAAAAGACAGCUAAAAACCUGAAAGAAAUAGUGGACAGCGUACAAGAAGAUCUACAAGUAAAGCUGGAAGAACUAGUUCACGAACAAAAAGUUCCUAAAGUGGACCAACCCAUGCAGGUCGUUCAAGAAGAUAUUCAAACCGAAAUUUCUUAAAAAUAACUUUGACAUGUAACAUUUUAUGUCAAAAUUUUAUGUCAACAUGUGAAACAUUAAAAAUUCCAAC